GUCCGCGGAACCCCAAAACUCGUAGAUCCUCCAUCUACCCACGAGUACAAUCUUCUUUGUCUUCCACAGCAAACCUCGAACGUGCACCCUGCACACUGAAUACCUAGCAGUAGGCAGGUGACGGCGAACCAUUCACUUGAUCAACCAGCUUCGCAGGGCCCGCAAGCGAAAAUGCCUCCCUCCACGCCGCAGCCUCAAGAUGAUUCCCACCAACAACUGCUUGAUCAGAUGGACAUCUAUUACACCCCCAAGCCCUUCCGCAACUCCCACUGGAAACCCAGCACGCGACGGAACAAAAACACAAAACAAAUUAUCUCCGAAUCGCAACGAAAGGAGGCAUCUGUGCUCGCAACCCAGAACAACUCCGGCGCAUCAACCCCUCUGCCCGCCACGGGCGCAAACUCCGAUGGCACAUCCACGCCUGCCUACCCCCCUUCUUCCGCGGCGGCCUCAAAACCCCUCAACAUGGCCCAGGCGACGCAGAGCUUGAGUACGUUGGUCUUGGAAAGGAAUUUACAGAGGGAGAGAGCGUCAAAUAAUGCAUUUCUAGGGGCUAGUGGGAUGGGAGGGCCAGCUGUCACCUACACCAACAUUGAGAGCGCCCCGAGUUUACAUCCUGCAAAUCACAAGCACUACUGUGACAUAACCGGCUUGCCGUCCAAAUAUACAGAUCCCAAAACAAAAUUGAGAUACUACGACCAGGAGAUCUUUGCAGUGGUGAGGAGUUUGCCACAGGGCGCUCCAGAUCAAUAUCUGGCGGCAAGAGGAGCCAAUGUCGUUCUCAAGUGAAUUUGGUUUACGGCGACGACCAAGGGAAUGGCAUUUGGCAAAUCUAUCAAGGCUGGCCCAGUCUCUAUGAAGAGACCAAAUCAUCAAUAUCUUCUGUCAGGCCAUCCAAGUCAAGCACAUCCUACCCACCGCGUACCUCUCGACACACGGUUCAAGGAAGCGCUCCGGCUUAAUUGCGGACUGUGUAUAUUGAUCAUUCUUCGCCAUGUUGACACGACACCGAAACCUCAUAGACGAAGCAGGAUCAGUUACAGCAAUAUUGGGAGAGCUGUGGUCAUGGCGGGAUCUGUAGAAGUUGGAAAUCAUGCGUUCGGCCGAGAGCUACUGCUCGUUCAGGCCUGACCAAUUCGCGUCGGAGGACGCGUGUUGAGACGCUAGAAUCUUGGAUGUACUCAAACUAUGGCAUGGGAGAAAGGGUUAUAUGGGAUAGAAAGAUCCAUGAGAAGGACGGGGGAAUGAAGCAUGUUCCUCCCGAAGUAAACAGGCGGUAGUGAUGACAUGACACUGGCACGAUACAAAGGUCAGACACUUUCAGGUACGCCAUCGAGACAUUCUUAGGCCCAAAUGAAUGCCUGAUGUAGCGACGACGACGAGGAGAAAUUGAGGCCCUUCAGCGUGGGAUAAAAUAAGAGAAGAAAUUCCUGCAUCG